AUGUACUCCCACCGAAACCACUCUGAAAGUCUUCUCACUCAGCCAUUUCAUCCUCCGGCUGAUGAGCUUGUCGACCAGGGGUUUAUACAAGACCAACUACAACAGCAACCCCCUUAUGGCCAAGAGCAAUUAGAUGAUAUCAAUUUCAACACGUCCCAGCUAAUGCUCUCCUCCAAUGCUUUCGCGCUACAGGCAUUGGAUGGUAGUAUGCCGCAGAGUGCUCUACCUGCUGAAUGGCCACUUUACUCGGACGCAUUAACCGGAAUGGCCGAUGCCACUGUUUAUGAUGCCGACUUGAUGACUGAUAAUCAAAUGAUCAGCGACCCUUCCUGGCAGCUCAUAUCAUCGCAGCAGACCUCUCAGCUCGCUGAAUCGCCAACUCCAUCUCUUUCAAACAAUCCAAACAUGAUCGUCAAUGACCAACUGCCCAGAGCUCAGACCCCGGGUCCACAUCCCAGGAUAAACGCACCCCAUUACUUGCACAUGCGUCGUCGCAGUCUUUCAGCAGACAACAUACAUGCGCUGGCAAAAUACCAGGCGAGAAAGACCGCAUUUGGGAAUCAGCAGCAAUCGACAGGCCAAUUUGACCGUUCUCAGUUUGCGCGUACUCAAACUGUAGCCGAAGUUAUUGAGACUGAAGAUCAAUUACAGUCUCAUGGCAUAAAAUUGGAACAGCAAGCUGCCUUUUCAGCCAAUAUGGUCAUCGACCCUCAGAUUACCAGCAAUGGCAAUUGUCAAGCUAACGAUAACGAACAACAACCAUUGUCGUCAAACAGUCCUCAUACGUCAAACCCUUCCACACCAGACGAGCAAAUCAAACACGCACAAAAGCAGUCAGAAUACAAGUUCAAAAUCAGAUUGGAUAAGAAGCCCCAGAAAAUGCCCAAUAUCCAUGUUGCAGCAACAACCCCAAAUAUCCUCUCCGCUGCUCAAUCAAGGAUCAUGAUGCCAAGCGUUAUCAGUGCUCUAUCCAGUGGAAUGGAAUUGGGCUCUUCCAUUUCUACUCCAAGUACUCCGACAUUCUCACCUGAUAACGGAUCUCAUGUAGACAACAAGCCGUCGGCUCCUCCUCGGCGUGGUCAUACACGCAAGAGAUCCCUUUCUGCACCACAAGCGUUUAAUCCCCAGGGGAUACCCGGCGCUAUGCCUCUUCAAAGUGUCCAGCCGUUUCCAUUCAAUGUCUCGCCGACUCCCCGUAGAAUUAAUGCCUUGCCUAUUCAAAUUGCAAGGACUCACAAAAAUAGUUAUAACAGCACACCAAUGUCGUCGGAAGAAUAUCAGAGGAAAUUGGACGAAGAGUUGGAAAAGGUUGAUUUUGAGGAUAUUACUGUGAGCGAAUUGAAAGACAUGUUACGUCAAAGGGGUAAACCCGCAACUGGAAAGAAGGCAGUUUUGAUGCAAAGGUUGCAAGAAGAAAUGGAUCAUCUAAAGGCUAAACAAAAUCAACAGCAACAAAAUAAACAGAAUCAUCAAAAUUCACAAAAUCAACCGAAUCAGCAGCAGCAGGCAGUCAAGCCUAAACCCCAACAGCUUGGCAACACUGGUAAUAUCAACUUGACUAAUGGUCAAUUUGGUCAAAUGAUUUCGUCCCCAACAUCGCCGUCUGGCAUAUCACUUCAGCACAGCCUGGGUAAUCUCCACAUUUCUAGCCCGCCGGCUCAUUCUCGACGCUACAGCCCGUACACCAGCGUUAGCAUUCCGAACAGUCCUAGGAUGCAUCCGAACCGAGCGUCAGCUGGAUUUAACGGUGGAAGCUUUCCAUUUAACGAGGACUGGCAGUUCAACAAUGCAGCUAUCCCCAGUCCCGGUUUUGUAGGUCAAGCAAAUACGCCAAUGGAUGAACAAGCUGUUUUCAUGCUUAUGAUGGACAAUCAACAAACAUCGCCCCAACAAGACUAUUUUGGUCCACAAGAGCCAUCCUCCGCUCCCGCUACCACCACAGAAUUCGAUCCAUAUCAAACGCCAUCUUCAGCACCUGCCACUACUACGGAAUUUGAAGGAUUUCAACAGUCUGCGCAAUCUGCACAGACUGUAAACAGGGAAUUUGUUGAUCCUUUGUAUAUGAAUAUGGAUGUACCCAUUGGUAUGAUGGAUGUUAAUUAUAAUGAUGAUAGAAUUUUCUACCAAAAAUUUUACGGUCAAUAA